ACCUGUAUAAACAUGCUUAAUGCAUAAAUUCGUGACUAGCAAAUCAUUUUCUUCAUUCUGGAUAUCGACUUAAACAGAACGCAAUCAUGAAGCUUUUAUUUGCUGUAGCUUUUUUAACUGUUCUUGCAGUGACUCUCGCCGAGGAUGGAGACAAAGGCAAGUGUGGAAAGGAACUCCGAGAGUGCUUAAGAGCACUUAGACCUUCUGGAGCACCAACUCGACCAACUAGACGUCCAAGACCAUCCGGACGACCAUCUGGAAGACCAUCUGGAAGACCAUCUGGAAGACCAUCUGGAAGACCAUCUGGAAGACCAUCUGGAAGACCAUCUAGACGUCCUAGACCAUCUGGACGACCAUCCGGACGACCAUCCGGACGACCAUCCGGACGACCAACUCGUCGACCAGCUGUUGUUGCUUGCUUUAAGAAAUUUAAAGCUUGCAGAAAAGCCUAAAUUGUUCGAAAUAUAAGAUUAUUUUCGUUAAA